AUGGAGGGAAGUAGCAAGGAGCAAAAGGGUGAAGAAACAUCUGAAAAAGCCGUCGUCCCAAGCCAUGAUCUGAACAGAAAACCAAGGUUUAGGUGGACAAUGGAGGUCCAUGAUCACUUUGUUGAAGCAGUGAAUGAAUUAGGAGGUCCAUUUGAAGCAACUCCGAAGAAUAUAAUGAAACUCAUGGAUAAUGAAGAUAUCACUUCAGGCCAUAUCAAAAGCCAUCUCCAGGUGACAAAAGAGGCAGAACAAAAGGAGAAUGUAGAAGCUGAAGAAAUUGCAAGACAGGAAAUGCAAGCUGAUGCAGCAGCAAGGAUUGAGCUUCAAAUGAAAGAAGGAAAAGAACAUUUGGACUUGAAUUUUCCAGCAGCAGCUCCAGAUCAAGAUUCUAGAAACAGAGAACCAAAAUCAAGUGGAUCUAAGAAUGCCUAA